GGAGUGGCGACGCUAGCGCCAAAAGGGGAAGCGGUGAGGCAUGCGAAGCUCGUUAACACCAGCUGUUCACUUCGAAAGUUGUAUAGACCCGGUCCACAUAUAACGCUUGCCCACCGCCAACUUUGCCUUCUGCUUCCUCCAUUCCACUUCGACAGUCAACUUCAACUGGCUUGUCUUUCUUUCUUUGUUAGAUACCCGGAGUCUUCUCUACUCCACCACACCACGCAGCGAGCUUCACCAGACUCGCACCCCGCGCACGCCUGCGUUCAUUGAAGCUACUCACAGGCUCUACACACACCACAUCUACAAUGGCGCGCAGCUCACGGAGCGCCAGCAAGCGCUCCACAUGGAGCAUUGCUUUCUACCUUCUCAUGGUCCUCGUCGCUGGCUUGAUGCUCGCGAAGACAGCUCGCGCUGAGGACCAGGAGCCCCUCGCCGAGGACAGCAACGCUGUCUCCGGACCCGUCAUCGGUAUCGAUCUUGGAACAACCUACUCUUGUGUUGGUAUCAUGAAGAAUGGAAAGGUCGAGAUCAUGGUCAACGAUCAGGGUAACCGUAUCACACCUUCUUGGGUCGCUUUCACCGACGAGGAGCGCCUCGUUGGCGACGCGGCCAAGAACCAGUUCGCUAGCAACCCUCACAACACCGUCUUCGACAUCAAGCGUCUCAUCGGCCAGAGGUUCAAUGACAAGUCCGUCCAGAACGACAUCAAGCACUUCCCCUUCAAGGUCGUCAACAAGGGUGGACAACCCCGCGUCAGCGUCGAGGUCCAUAAGGAGCAGACAACAUUCACACCCGAAGAGAUCUCGGCUAUGGUUCUUGGCAAGAUGAAGGAGGUCGCUGAGAGCUACCUCGGCGAGCCCGUCAAGAACGCCGUUGUGACUGUUCCAGCCUACUUCAACGAUGCUCAGCGCGCUGCCACAAAGGACGCCGGAACUAUCGCCGGUCUUAACGUUCUCCGUGUCGUUAACGAGCCCACCGCUGCUGCUCUUGCCUACGGUCUCGACAAGACUGACCAGAAGGAGCGCCAGGUUCUUGUCUACGAUCUUGGUGGUGGUACUUUCGACGUCUCCAUCCUCACCAUUGAGGAGGGCGUCUUCGAGGUCCAGUCUACCGCUGGUGACACUCACCUUGGUGGUGAAGAUUUCGACAACCGUGUCAUCAGCUACUUCGCCAAGAAGUACAACAAGGAGAACGAUGUCGACAUCACCAAGGACGCUAAGACCAUGGGCAAGCUCAAGCGCGAGGUCGAGAAGGCCAAGCGUACUCUCUCCUCCCAGAAGACCACCAAGAUCGAAAUCGAAUCUUUCCACAAGGGUAACGACUUCUCCGAGACCCUCACUCGCGCCAAGUUUGAGGAGCUGAACAACGAUCUCUUCAAGAAGACACUCAAGCCUGUUGAGCAGGUUCUCAAGGACGCCAAGAUGAAGAAGAGCGACAUCGAUGACAUUGUUCUUGUUGGUGGUUCUACUCGUAUUCCCAAGGUUCAGCAGAUGCUCGAGGAGUACUUCGGAAAGAAGGCUCGCAAGGACGUCAACCCCGAUGAGGCUGUUGCUUUUGGUGCCGCCGUCCAGGGUGGAAUUCUCGCCGGUGACGCCAGCACUGAGGAGCUCAUCCUUAUGGACGUCAACCCGCUUACCCUCGGUAUCGAGACCACCGGUGGUGUUAUGACCCACCUCAUCAAGCGUGGUACCACCAUCCCUACCAAGAAGAGCCAAAUCUUCUCUACUGCCGCUGACAACCAGCCCGUCGUCCUUAUUCAGGUCUUCGAGGGUGAGCGUUCCAUGACCAAGGACAACAACAACCUCGGCAAGUUUGAGCUUACCAAUAUUCCUCCUGCUCCCCGUGGCGUUCCCCAGAUCGAGGUCACCUUCGAGCUCGAUGCCAACGGUAUCCUCAAGGUCUCUGCCGUUGACAAGGGCACUGGCAAGGGUGAGAGCAUCACCAUCACCAACGACAAGGGCCGUCUUUCGACUGAGGACAUUGAGCGAAUGGUUGAGGAGGCCGAGAAGUACGCCGAGGAGGACAAGGCCAACCGUGAGCGCAUCGAGUCCCGCAACAAGCUCGAGAACUACGCCUACAGCCUCAAGAACCAGGUCAACGACAAGGAGGGUCUUGGCGGCAAGAUCGAGGAAGAUGACAAGGAGUCUCUUCUCGAGGCCGUCAAAGAGACCCAGGACUGGCUCGAUGAGAACUCCGCUGAGGCCCAGGCUGAGGACUUCGAUGAGCAGUUCCAGAAGCUGUCCGACGUCGCUUACCCCAUCACUUCCAAGCUUUACGGCUCGGCUGGCGGCGCUGGUGACGACGAGGAGCCCGGUCACGAUGAGUUGUAGAGCGAUGAAAUGUAGGUGGCGACGCGGAAAAGUUGACCGGAAUUACCUUGGGCAGCCUUUGGCUUGCCAUCUAUGAGUAGCAUUCCUGUCACUGUUACAUCAUCAACGGUUUAGACAUGUAUGGGUUUGUCUCCAGUCUAUUUACGAUGAAAUCUUUGAAUUAACGAACAUGAACAAACGUACAAUCCGCUGCAUUCCGUGCUGUGAUGUGCUGUGCCAUGCAUGCCAUGUAUGCAAGGUGCUCCUGGUAUGCGAAAGUGUAUCCGAAUAUCCAUAGCCCAGCUUUAACUCGCGAGCUCUUGCCAUCGCGCCCUUCAUAGCCGUGGCUCACAGCUGCAAA